AUGUCAGUCUGCUUGCCUAUCUUUCCUCCGUUAAAUGAGAGCCACAAACUCACCACGCUGGAGCUUAAGAAUGGAUUAACUGUUCAAGGUUAUUCGUUCGGAGCCUCAAAGGCGGCUGCCGGCGAACUGGUCUUCCAGACUGGUAUGGUCGGCUAUCCUGAGUCCAUCUCGGACCCGUCUUAUGAAGGCCAGAUUCUGGUCAUCACUUUCCCGCUUGUUGGCAACUAUGGUGUCCCUGACCGCAAGGUUAUUGACGAUCUGGUCCCUCAGCUGCCCAAGUACUUUGAGUCCAACCGCAUCCACGUCGCUGGUUUGGUUGUUGCCUCGUACACUGAAGAGUAUUCCCAUUACCUCGCCAAGUCCAGCCUUGGAGACUGGCUUAAAGAGGAGGGAAUUCCUGCCAUUUACGGUGUCGAUACCCGUCGACUCACCCAGGUGAUCCGUAACGGUGGGUCCACUUUGGCCAGGAUCUGCACUCUGGACAACGCAGUUCCCGCCCUACAGGCUCAGUGGCCCACAAAUUUCGAGGUCCCCGAAUGGCGCGACCCCAACGUCGAGAACCUUGUUGCCCGGGUUUCCAAGCCCGAGUCUACCCUAUACCAGGUCCCCGAGAGUGUUUCUGUUCGCAACAAGGCUAACGGCAAACCCGUUCGCAUCUUGGCUGUCGACGUUGGUCUAAAAUACAACCAGAUCCGCUGCUUUGUCAAGCGCGGUGCCGAGUUGAAAGUAGUCCCCUACAACUACAAUUUCUUGGCCGAGCUUGACGAGUUCGAUGGUUUGUUCAUUUCCAAUGGCCCUGGUGACCCCGCCAUGAUGUCUGAUCUUGUCGAGCGUAUUCGCAAGGUUCUAGACUCUAAGAAGACUCCCGUCUUUGGUAUCUGUUUGGGUCACCAGCUCAUUGCUCGUGCAGCUGGCGCUUCCACCUUGAAGCUCAAGUUUGGUAACCGUGGUCACAACAUCCCUGCUACCAACUUGAUCUCUGGCCGAUGCCACAUCACAUCCCAGAAUCACGGUUUCGCCGUUGAUACUGCUACCCUGCCCAAGGGCUGGCAUGAGUUGUUUGUAAAUGCAAACGAUAACUCCAAUGAGGGUAUUUACCACGACUCGCUGCCCUUCUUCUCGGUUCAAUUCCACCCCGAGUCCACCCCUGGUCCCCGUGACACUGAGUUCCUAUUCGACACCUUCCUGGACACUGUUGUCGACUUUGCUAACACAAAGACACUCAAGCCCGUCACUUUCCAGAAGACUACCAUGCCACCCCGUGUUGACGUUAAGAAAGUCCUUGUUCUUGGUUCCGGUGGUCUUUCCAUCGGUCAGGCCGGUGAGUUCGACUACUCCGGCUCCCAGGCUAUCAAGGCUCUUAAGGAGGAAGGUAUUUACACGGUGCUGAUCAACCCUAACAUUGCUACCAUCCAGACUUCUAAGGGCUUGGCCGACAAGGUUUAUUUUUUGCCCGUCAACCCUGACUUUGUCCGCAAAGUCAUCAAGUACGAGCGCCCCGAUGCUAUUUACUGCACUUUCGGUGGUCAGACUGCCCUUUCGGUUGGUAUCGCUUUGAAAGACGAGUUCGAGAGUCUCGGCGUUAAGGUGUUGGGUACCCCCAUUGAUACGGUUAUCACAACAGAGGACCGUGAGCUGUUUGCUCGUGCUAUGGACGAGAUCGACGAGAAGUGUGCCAAGUCUGCCUCUGCCAACAAUGUUGAGGAGGCUGUUGCCGCUGCUAAUGAGAUCGGCUACCCCUUGAUCGUCCGUGCCGCGUAUGCGCUCGGUGGUCUUGGUUCCGGUUUCGCUGAUAACGAGAAAGAACUCCGCGACUUGUGUGCCAAGGCUUUUGCCGCUUCUCCUCAGGUUCUUGUUGAGCGCUCCAUGAAGGGUUGGAAAGAGGUUGAGUACGAAGUAGUUCGUGAUGCCUACGACAACUGUAUUACAGUCUGCAACAUGGAGAACUUCGAUCCUCUUGGUAUCCACACCGGUGACUCUAUCGUUGUUGCUCCUUCUCAGACGCUCAGUGACGAGGAUUACAAUAUGCUGCGUACCACCGCCAUCAAUGUCAUCCGUCACCUUGGUGUUGUUGGUGAGUGUAACAUCCAGUAUGCACUUAAUCCUUUCAGUAAGGAAUAUUGCAUCAUCGAGGUCAAUGCUCGUCUUUCUCGUUCGUCCGCUCUUGCAUCUAAGGCUACUGGUUACCCCUUGGCUUUCGUUGCUGCUAAGCUUGGUCUCAAUAUCCCCCUCAACGAAAUCCAGAACUCCGUCACCAAGUCCACUUGUGCCUGCUUCGAGCCCUCGCUUGAUUAUGUCGUUGUUAAGAUUCCUCGCUGGGAUCUUAAGAAGUUCACUCGUGUUUCCAAGGAGCUGUCUUCUUCGAUGAAGUCGGUUGGUGAAGUCAUGAGUAUCGGUCGUACUUUCGAGGAGGCGAUCCAAAAGGCCAUUCGCUCAACUGAUUAUCACAACCUCGGCUUCAGUGAGACUGAGGCUCUUAUGUCUAUUGAUAUUGACACUGAGCUGCAGACUCCCAGCGACCAACGUCUGUUCGCCAUCGCCAAUGCCUUCCAAAAGGGCUACACGGUUGAUCAGGUUUGGCAGCUCACUCGUAUUGACAAGUGGUUCUUGAACAAGCUGCACUACCUCAUCGAGUAUGCUAGACAGCUCACCACCUUCGCUGGCGCUAGCAUUCCUGAGCAGCGCAUGCGUGAGGCCAAGCAGCUCGGUUUCGAUGAUCGUCAAAUUGCCAAGUUCAUCCGCUCCAACGAGCUCAGUGUUCGUGAUAUGCGUAAGAAGAUGGGUAUUACUCCCUUUGUUAAGCGUAUCGAUACCGUCGCUGCCGAGUUCCCUGCUCACACCAACUACUUGUACAUGACCUACAACGCUGAUACUCAUGAUAUCGAUUUUGAUGAUCACGGUGUAAUGGUUCUUGGUUCCGGUGUCUACCGCAUUGGCUCCUCAGUUGAGUUCGAUUGGUGCGCCGUUCGUGCUGUCCGCACCUUGCGCCAGCAGGGUACCAAGACUAUCAUGGUCAACUACAACCCCGAAACCGUAUCUACCGAUUACGAUGAGGCUGAUCGCCUUUACUUUGAGGUCAUUAACCUUGAGCGUGUCCUGGAUAUUUACGAGCUCGAGUCUUCUUCUGGUGUCGUUGUAUCUAUGGGUGGCCAGACUUCUAACAACAUUGCUUUGCAGCUGCAUCGUCAAAACGUCAAGAUUUUGGGUACUUCUCCCGACAUGAUUGAUCGUGCUGAAAAUCGUUUCAAGUUCUCUCGUAUGCUUGAUUCUAUCGGAGUUGAUCAGCCUGAGUGGAAGGAGCUCACUUCUAUUGCCGAUGCUGAGGAGUUCGCCAACCGUGUUUCUUACCCGGUUUUGGUUCGUCCCUCUUAUGUUCUUUCUGGUGCUGCUAUGAACACCGUCUACUCGCAGGAUGACCUCGAGAACUACCUGAAGCAGGCUGUGGAGGUUUCUCAAGAUUACCCCGUUGUUAUCACAAAGUACAUUGAAGGUGCUAAGGAGAUCGAAAUGGAUGCUGUUGCUGUCAAUGGUCAAAUGAUUAUGCACGUCGUUUCCGAGCACGUUGAAAAUGCUGGUGUCCACAGUGGUGAUGCUACUUUGAUUGUUCCUUGCCAAGAUCUUGCUCCUGAGACUGUUGAGCGUAUCGUCGAUGCUACUGCCAAGAUCGGUAAUGCUUUGAACGUCACUGGUCCUUACAAUAUCCAGUUCAUUGCCAAGGACAACGAGAUCAAGGUUAUCGAGUGCAAUGUUCGUGCCUCUCGUUCGUUCCCCUUCGUUUCUAAGGUUAUGGGUGUUGAUCUGAUUGAGAUGGCCACUAAUGUCAUUGUAGGCAACCCUGUUGAGCCUUAUCCCCUAAAGGAUCUGCCUCAGGAGUACGUCGCUGUCAAGGUGCCCCAGUUCUCAUUCUCUCGUCUGUCAGGUGCUGAUCCUGUUCUCGGUGUUGAGAUGGCUUCUACCGGUGAAGUCGCCACUUUCGGCCGCAACAAGUACGAAGCUUAUCUCAAGUCGUUGAUCGCUACAGGCAUCAAGCCUCCCAAGAAGAACAUCCUUCUUUCCAUUGGUUCGUACAAGGAGAAACUUGAGCUUCUCCCUACUGUUCGUCGUUUGUACGAGAAUGGGUUCAACUUGUACGCUACUGCUGGUACUACCGAUUUCCUCAAGGAGCAUGGCGUCGAAGCCAAAUAUCUCGAGUUACUCGAUGACGAGAAGGAGAAGAAUGAGUACUCCCUCACCCAGUACUUGGCUAACAACAUGAUUGAUUUGUAUGUCAAUCUGCCAUCUUCUAACCGCUUUCGUCGUCCUGCAAGCUACAUGUCUAAGGGUUAUCGCACACGUCGUAUGGCUGUCGACUACGCUGUCCCUCUUGUCACCAACGUCAAGUGUGCCAAGCUGUUGUUUGAGGCCGUCCUUUUGCAACCCGACUUUGCUGUUUCUCCUAUCGACUCUCAGCUUUCUAAUACCGUUCUUCAGAUUCCUGGUGGCCUGGUCAACGUUGGCUGCUAUGUCCCUUCGUACAACAAGCCUGAUCAAAUCGAGCAGGUUCUCAACACUUCUCUUGCCAACGGUUUCUUGACAAAUGUCAUGCUUCCUGCUGCUGAGGAUAGCGCCUUGUCUUCCAGCUUCACGCUCGCUGCUGCUCGCUCUACUUUGGCCAAGAUCGGUAUCACUGACUUCUUGCUUACUCUUGCUGCAACUGAGUCCAACUCUCAACAGAUUGGAACUCUUUCUCAAGAUGCUGGUGCUUUGUACAUGUCUUUCCACUCAGCUCAGCCAUUGAAGAAUGUUAGCGAGGUGUCUGCUCACUUUGAGACCUGGAACGUCUCCAAGCCUAUCGUGACCGAUGGGUGUGGUGCUAACCUUGCUUCAGUCCUGCUCCUCGCCUCUCUUUACAAGUGUGCUGUUCAUGUGUCGAACGUCCGCCGUGAGGAGGACCUCAAGCUUAUUCAGAUCACUCGCGUUAGUGGUCUCAAGGUGACUUGUGAUGUCUCUAUUAUUUCCCUGUUUAUCUCUGGUGAUCAGAUUCCAGCUGCCAAGGAGCACUUGCCUUCUUCCGCUGAUCAGACUGCUUUGUGGGCCAGACUCAGAGAAAUUGAUGUUUUGAGCAUCGGCCAUGUUCCUGCUCAGGUUUGUGAGGUGCUUGGUAUUCCUUCUGCUGUCGCUGGAAUCAAGCUUGCUGUUCCUUUGCUUUCUGCUGCUGUUCGCGAUGGCCAUCUUACAGCUCAGGACAUUAUCACUAAGAUGAGUGUCAACCCUCGCAAGGUGUUUGGUUUGACAGAGCUCACCAACGCUUCUGUUGAAAUCGAUCUUGAUCGUCCCUGCGAGCUUGCUGAGUGGGCUACUAUCCAGGCUGCUGCUAAGGACAACUUCCGCCUUUGCGGAAGCGUUGACCGUGUUGAAUUUGCUGGCAAGGUCGUUGCGCUCGAGGGCUCCCUUGUUGGUGAGCAGCGCCUCGGCCAGGAUGCUGGUGUCUCUCAGGACAUGGAGGAUCGUCCUUCUGUUGGCAAAGCUCUGGCAGAUUCUCGCAAGGCUAUUAUGGACUCUAGAAUCAAGUCUCCUAUGGAUACCUCGCAAGCUACUGCCGAGCCUUCUACCCCCGUUGCUCGUCCCGAGCAGUCUCGCGCUGAAGCUCGCAGUUUGUCUUUCACUGACCGUGAUCGUCCUGUUCUGCGUCGGGAGCUUGCAUCUCGUGAGGUUCUCAAGGACCUUUUGCGCCGCAACCCAUUCUUGCGCAAGUCGGUUGUUUCUGUGCACCAGUUCACUCGUCGUGAUUUGCACGAUCUGUUCGACCUUGCUCAGGAAAUGCGUCUUGUUGUUGAGCGCAAGGGCUCGCUAGACCUGCUGAAGGGUCGUGUUCUUGCCACCAUGUUCUACGAGCCUUCCACUCGGACUUCGGCGUCAUUCGACGCUGCUAUGAAGCGUCUUGGAGGCAGUGUUGUGACUGUCACCUCCAACACUUCUUCUGUCCAGAAGGGUGAGACUCUGCAAGAUACUCUGCGCACUCUCAGCUCUUACUGUGAUGCUGUUGUUCUGCGCCACCCUGAGGAAUCUUCGAUGGAUAUCGCUACCAAGUACUUGUCUGUUCCUGUCCUGAAUGCUGGUAACGGACCUGGCGAGCAUCCGUCGCAGGCUUUCUUGGAUCUGUUCACUAUUCGUGAAGAGAUGGGCUCAGUCAACAACCUGACAAUUACUUUCAUGGGUGAUCUUAAGCAUGGCCGCACUGUGCACUCUCUGGUGCAGUUGCUUGACCACUAUCACAUCAAGGUCCAGUUGGUGUGUCCCUCCGGUCUUGCACUCCCUCAAGAGCUCCUUGCAAUGCUCCGUGCCUCGAACAAGAUCAAGACUAUCAGCGAGGUGUUGACUGACGAUAUCCUGGCUGACACCGAUGUGUUGUACUGCACUCGCAUCCAGAAGGAGCGCUUUGCCGAUCUGGCCGAGUACGAGGAGUACAAGAACGUUUACCGCGUUGAUAACUCUGUCCUUGCCAAGUGCAAGACACACAUGUGUAUCAUGCAUCCCUUGCCUCGUGUUAACGAGAUCGCCGAGGAGGUCGACUUCGACCACCGCGCCGCUUAUUUCCGCCAGAUGCGCUACGGCCUGUUUGUCCGCAUGGCUUUGCUGCUGAUGGUUAUUGGUGUAGACUUUUAA